UUUCAUUUUUUUUAACUUUUAAUUUUUAUUAUUAUCAGCUCAUCUCAGGUACAAUUUCCAACAAAUAUAGAAUAUCUACUACUACUAGCAACAACAGUGGAACAAGAAAGGCUAUACAAGACUGGUCAAUCAGCUGAGUGAAAGAAGAAAAAAGAAUGGGAAAAUCAACAGCUUCUUCUUGUUUCAAGAUCAUUACUUGUGGUAGUGAUUCUGUUGAUCAUGAUGAACUUGAAGUUCCUUCUGAGAGUAAGAGCUCAAGCGACAAACGUGGAUGGAGUUUCCGCAAGAAAUCUGCCAGGCAUCGUGUGUUAAGCAACACAGUAGUUUCAGAAACACCAUCUGGGAACAAGGACUGGCCAGAAUCUGCUAACGCCAACUCGCAAAGGCAAUCUAACUCUACCAUUCCAGAGAAGGCAUCUGUCAUCCAAUGGGCAGAUGAGAAACCCCAGUUUUCAACUAUCGAGAAGUCCCAAGUCUCAGUAGACGAGAAACCCCAGGGCCAGGCAGACGAGAAGUCUCAGGUCCCGGAAGACGAGAAGCCCCAGGGAUCGGAAGAGGAGAAGCCCCAGGGCCCGGAAGAUGAGAAGCCCCAGGGCCUGGAAGAUGCAAAGCCUCAGGUCUCCGCAGACGAGAAGCCACAGCUAGUGGAGGUCUCAGUGGAUGAGAAGGCCUUGGUCUCCGAAGACGAGAAGCCCAGCAUCUCUUCAGAUGAGCAGGUCCACAUCUCAUCAGACGAGAAACCCAUGGUCUCAGCCUUGGUGGAAACAAAGCUAUCAGAGCCAGUAACAAAUAGAGUCGAUGAUGGUAAAAGAGACAUCAUUCCGGAUGAACGUAUUGUUGUUAUCCAGACUGCAGUCAGAGCAUUUCUGGCACGAAGAGCUCAACUGAAGCAAAAACAUAUAACUAAAUUGCAAGCUGCUGUACGUGGACAUUUAGUUCGCAGGCAUGCAGUAGGAACUCUGCGAUGUGUCCAAGCUAUUGUCAAAAUGCAAGCUCUUGUUCGAGAACGUCACGCUAAUCGCACUGCAGAAGGAUCUUAUAUCAAGGAGAAGCUAAAUGGAAAGGAGAACUCAGGGACGAAAUCAGAGUUCACAUAUACUUCUAUUUCAAAGCUACUGAGCAAUAGCUUUGCUCGACAGCUCCUUGAAUCAACUCCAAAGACCAAAAGUAUUAAUAUUAAGUGUGACCCUUCCAAAUCCGAUUCUGCCUGGAAAUGGUUAGAGAGGUGGAUGUCUGUUUCAUCACCAGGAAAUCAACCGUCACCACAGUCAGAAUUAUCUGUGGAGCAGCAGGAAAAGGAAACUAGUGAACACCCCAGUAACCUUGUGGAAAGUAAAGUUCAGCUUGAUUCUGAGCCAAUGGAAUCGUUAUCUGCAGUGCCAUCUGAAAGUGAUGAAAAUUUGAUCACUUAUGAUGCAGACAGCUUAGAGUUGCAAACUGACAAUCCAUCACUAUCUCCUCGGACUCAGAAUGUUGAUGAUAAAAUUUCAAGAGAUGACAUUUUCUAUUCUCUUCCUACCAAUUUUGAGGUCCCUGAGAUGGAGCCCGAUUCUUUUUCUGCAAAGACUGAAGUUGAGAGAGAGGAUACACAUUCUCUUGAACCUCUAGACACAGAGAGCAAGAAGGUUUUACAUGGAUCAAGAAAGGCAAGUAAUCCUGCAUUUAUUGCUGCUCAGACAAAGUUUGAGGAACUCACUUCAGUAGCUAAACCAACCAAAGUGUCUGGUUUGUCCAAUCAUAAAGCUGAAGAUGAAUCUAAAGAAGAUACGUUUUCUUCUAUCACUGAUCAUUCAUUUGGGGCAAGGGAAACUGCUCUGUCAGAAAAGUCCGUUCCUCAUAGUACAAGAGCUCAAGUUGGUGGUUCUUCGGAAUGUGGCACGGAGCUUUCUAUUUCUUCUACCCUUGAUUCACCAGAUAGGUCUGAAGUCGGAGCUCAUGUAUUUGAAACUGAACAUCAUAAGAACAAUGGAUAUCCUCACAUUGAAGAUGAUAGCACAAAUGACUUAUCACAGUCCGACUAUGUUCAGGCAGGGAGAGAGGAUCCUACUGAUGAUGCUAAGCAUGCAGAUGUUAUGGUCAGUUCAGAUCUAUCACCCGAAGAGCAGAAGCCUGAGAACAAUUCAGUUAACGUUCAAAUAGAGCAAGAAGCUAAGACGGAUCGGCUAUACAACGCAUCACCAAACGCAUCUCCAAGGAGCCAUAUAACUGUCCCUGAAUCUGAAGGGACACCUUCUAGUCAAGUGUCAGUGAAUCCUAAGAAGACAAAAAGUAGUGAAAAAAGUGGAUCAAUUCCCAAGUGCCGUUCUACUGCCCCUGCUGGCAAAAAGUCUCCUUCAAAAUUAAACCAUGCUCCAGGUACAACUAGUUUGGAACAAUUACCUAAGGAUCAUAAAAAUGGGAAACGACGGAACUCGUUCGGUUCAACAAAAGCUGGACAAGUUGAUCAGGAGGCUAGAGAUAGCAGUAGUAGCAGUACUCUCCCAAGUUACAUGCAAGCAACAGAGUCUGCAAGAGCCAAAGCAGCUAUCCCAAAUAGCUCUCCAAGAUCUAGUCCAGAUGUCCACAAUAAAGAUGAAUACAUCAAAAAGAGACACUCUCUCCCUGGUUCAAAUGGUAGGCAGGGUUCACCUCGUAUCCAGCGGUCUCUCUCAAAUGCACAGCAGGGUCCAAAGGGAAAUGGAACUCAAUCUCCACAGGAGAGGAAAUGGCAGAGAUGAGUAGAGUUCCUCUGUGACACUACUAACGGAUGGCGUAUGAUGGGUGUGGCUUAUCGGCACUUCCUUUGGAUGAAUGAUGAUCAUCUGCUCUUAGGAAUUCCACAGCAAAGCCAUGCCCUGGACUAUUAUUUAUUUGUGAAGAGAAAUGUAGAAAGAGAUAUUUUUCUUGUAAAUUUACUAUAUGCUCAUGCCUACUCAAACCCCCCUUUUCUUUUUCAAGGAUUUUGUUUGGGAUGCUUGUUUCUUCUUUUUCCUUUACAUCACCAUUUGUGUGUAUCUUUAUAUUGUGUGCUUUUCUGGCUGAUGUAUUUCUGACUGCUAAUGAGAAGUUUGGGAGAGUUUCUUUCAGCUGAA